UUUAUGACAUGUUGUUGAUAUAUUUGAAAAUUGCAACAAAUAUUAGGAUAAUAUGGCUGUCUUUCUAACUAUGCAAUCGAUUAAAAUACACCAUUAUUGCCGAGUCAAACAUAAACAGCUUCGGUCCAUUGCUAGGUUUACGUUAUGCGACAACUUGAAGUGUAUGCGAAAGGACAGAAUAACAUAACGUAGCUACCUAGAUAUUCACCAACAUUUCUUACCUGCCAUUAGGAUUGACAGAGGCAUAAUCAUCGACAUUGUAACCAAGUGGUGUUUGAUACUACUUCUUAUGCAGCUAGAAAACUACCAGUAGCUAUAUAGCUACGCUAGCUGGCUUGAUAAUGUUGUUGUGGGUAUGGCUAGUUAGCUUAGCUAUUUGCUAACAUAGCUGCUACCAGAGCUUUGUUGUGAGUUUUUAGUGGUAGUGAAUGCGGUAGAGUCCCAGUCUAGGUAUGGAGCAGUGUGCGUGUGUGGAGCGGGAGCUGGAGAAGGUGCUCCAUAGGUUCGUCAUGUACGGACACCAGUCAGAGGAACGUCUGGACGAACUUCUACGCAGCGUCUGUGAGCUACGGGGACAGCUGGUUACAUUCGGGGUACGAGAUGCAGAUCUGACGGUGCUGUCUCAGACCAUGGCCCAGUGUUGUAAGAACAUUAAAGAAACGGUACAGCUGCUGGCCUCCAGACACAAGGACAUCCACGGCAGUGUCUCCAAAGUGGGCAAAGCUAUCGACAGGAACUUUGAUGCAGAGGUGAGUGCAGUGGUGGCAGAGACAGUGUGGGACUCACCUGAGAGACAGAAGUACCUGAGUGAGACCAUUGUGGAACACUUGUACAGACAAGGCAUGCUGAGCGUGGCAGAGGACCUAUGUCAGGAAUCUGGAGUAGUGAUUGACAUGAGCAUGAAGCAGCCGUUCUUGGAACUCAACAGGAUCCUGGAGGCCUUGAGGAUGCAGGACCUUAGACCAGCACUAGAGUGGGCAGUAACAAACCGGCAGCGCCUGCUGGACCUGAACAGUACCCUGGAGUUCAAGCUGCACCGCCUCUACUUCAUCAGCCUGUUAAACGGAGGCAUCACCAACCAGCUGGAGGCGCUACAGUACGCCAGGCACUUCCAGCCCUUCGCCUCACAGCACCAGAGAGACAUCCAGAUCCUCAUGGGUAGUCUGGUGUACCUGCGGCACGGCAUAGAGAACUCUCCCUACCGCUCUCUGCUAGAGACCAACCAAUGGGCUGAGAUCUGUAACAGCUUCACCAGGGACGCCUGCGCGCUGCUGGGGCUAUCUGUAGAGUCACCUCUCAGUGUCAGUUUUGCGUCAGGCUGCAUGGCUCUGCCAGUCCUGAUGAACAUCAAACAGGUGAUUGAACAGAGACAGUGUAGUGGAGUCUGGACACACAAGGACGAGCUGCCUAUUGAGAUAGAUCUGGGGAAGAAGUGCUGGUACCACUCUGUGUUCGCCUGCCCCAUCCUCCGACAGCAGACGUCAGAGAGCAACCCUCCCAUGAAGCUCAUCUGUGGACACGUCAUCUCCAGAGACGCCCUCAACAAACUCACCAACGCUGGAAAACUGAAAUGCCCCUACUGUCCCAUGGAGCAGAACCCGUCAGAUGCCAAGCAGAUCUUCUUUUGAUCCCCCAUCCUGUUUCCUGAAACCGCCAGGCCCUUGGAGCUACAGUAGCUACCUGCUACCCCAGGACCCCUGGAAAUCCCCAUCCUACCUACUCACAGGCACCAAUUUGCCCCAGUGCCCCCACCCAAACUCAGACAGAUCCCUUCCAGUGAUGGCCCAAGGCUGUAAUACUCCUGCCUCGUCUUGCCUCAUCAACAGCUCCUAGUGUACAGAGGGCUGAUGUGGAUGGCCCAUCAAACGACUUCUACCCAUAGAGAGACGGGGAGG